AUGCUCAAGAGGUCCCUUCGACCGCUAGCGUUCGCCCGCUCAGCCUAUGACCCAAUGGUAAGGGCCGUCGGAAAUGCGCAGAUUGUGCUUAUCGGAGACGGGUCGCACGGGACAUAUGAGUUCUAUGCUCACCGUGCAAACAUCACGCAGAGGCUUAUUGAGGAGAAGGGUUUCGUGGCGGUGGCGGUGGAAGCAGACUGGCCGGAUGCAUUCCGCAUCAACAGAUACAUUCAUGGCGGUGACCUUAAAGGGCAAGGUGUCAAGAAUGCUCGCGACGCUAUGAAAGACUUCGAGAGGUUCCCAAAAUGGAUGUGGAAGAACGAAGUUAUGCCUGGGUUUGUGCAAUACCUGCGACAUCGCAACGACUCCGUCAUGCAAAAGGCUGGAGAUUAUUCGGCGAAAGUCUCUUUCUUCGGACUAGAUUUAUACUCGCUGCACCGUUCGGCGGAAGAAGUCCUCCGUUAUCUGAACAGAAUCGACCCUGAAGGUGCCAGGGCAGCGCGUAAGAGAUACAAUUGCUUCGAGCGGUUCGGCGAAGAUACAACACAUUACGCUCUUGAAGCUCAAUUUGGCCUUGCAAAGACCUGCCAUAAGGAGGUGAUCCAGAAUUUGCAGAGCCUCCUGCGCAACCACCAGCGGUACAUAGAAGAGCAGCUUUCUAUACAAGAGCGUGGUAUUGGCACUCAUCCCGCCGAAGAGCAAUUCGUGGCUGAGAUGAACGCGCUGCUCGUCAAGGAUGCCGAAGAAUACUAUCGGACAAUGAUGGAAGAGGACACCGUCAGCUGGAAUCUCAGUACCGCGCUUGCCAGAGAUGAUCACUUCGCUCGCGUUGUUGUUGAUAUUGCCCAUCAUCUAGGAAGACGCAACGCGGAUGCGAAGAUUGUCGUUUGGGCUCAUAACUCACACAUCGGUGAUGCCAGGGCAACGGAUAUGGGACGAAGGAGAGGCGAGAUCAACAUCGGCCAGCGCUGUAGGGAGAUUUUCGGCGGCGAUAAUGUCUUCAAUCUUGGUUUCUUGACAGGCAAUGGCACAGUGACUGCAGCAUAUAACUGGGAUGAACCGGCGAGGCUCAUGGCCAUGAACCCACCACUGCAGGGAUCAAUCGAGCAGAUCUUAAACGAUGCGGCAGACACGGACGCCUUCUUGGUAAUGAACGAAGUGCACGGAGAGGAUGUAGGUAAGACGAAGAAGGUCGAAGUCUCGCCGGACCUUAGCGACUUUCUGAACCGACCGCGGUACCAACGUUUCAUUGGUGUCAUACACCGGAAAAUGACAGAGAUCCCUUCGCACUACUCUCGAUGCAGCCUUGCCGACCAAUACGACGCUGUGGCGGUACUUAAACAAUCGCGCGGAAUUCAGCCUCUGGAGAGAGAAGACAUUUGGAAGGGGUAUCACAAGGGCGAGAUCGAUGAGACGUUCCCAUUUGGAUACUAG